AUGGCUACUGAAAACGAAGGAACUUUUGAGGUCAACGGCCACACCCUCUACUGCAAGUCAUGGCUGCCUAACGGGCCGACCAAAGCCAAACUCAUCUUCUUUCACGGCUUCAGCGACCACCUUGGCCGGUACUACAACUUCUUCCCGUCGCUCGCAGCCCGCGGAAUCGCCGUCCAUGGGCUCGACCAGCGCGGCUGGGGCCAGUCGGUCAAGAAGAACGCCGACCGCGGCCUAACAGGCACCACAUCGCAGGUCCUUGCCGACAUGGCCGCCUUUAUCAAGCCACACCUCCCCUCUUCGCCAUCGGACCCGCCGGUUUUCGUGAUGGGCCACUCCAUGGGCGGCGGCCAAGUCCUCACCCUGGCAUGCCAGCCCGAGUAUCAGGACUCCAUUGUCCGGCCCGUGCGCGGCUGGCUCGUGGAGAGCCCUUUCAUCGGCUUCUCACCGGAGGAAGAGCCGUCGUUCCUAAAAGUGUUUGCUGGCCGGCUCGCGAGCAAGGUGCUGCCGCACUUCCAGCUGAGCCACACCAUCAUGGUCGAGCAUCUGACGCGCGACCCGGCCGUUCAAAAGAGCCUGGCUGAGGACGCGCUCGUGCACAACACGGGUACUCUUGAGGGCCUGGCCGGUCUGUUGGACCGCACGGCGGCGCUGGCAAAUGGCCAGACGCGGCCGCUACCUGGCGGUGCCCUCCGGAGUCUGUGGGUUGGUCACGGCACCAAGGACAAGACGACCUGGUUUGAUGCGAGCAAGAAAUAUUUUGAUGAGUUCACGGGUGAGGUGGCUGAUAAGGAAUUCAAGGCGUAUGAGGGGUGGUAUCACCAACUGCACGCCGAUGGUCCGGAUAGUGAGGAAUUUUACAAGGACGUGGGUGACUGGAUCCUGGCGAGGGUUGAAGAUGAUACGGCGGGGCCGAAACUAUAA